CGAAUGAGGGGCAACCUGUCACACAAAGGCCAUCCAUUCCGUGUCUGUGGCAAAGCAUCUUGCCAACUACAGAGAUGUCAUGACCAAACUCUACAACGGUUUUAGACACAGAGAAGUUUAUCCGGGGAUAUACACCAAUCCCCCGUACAGAACCAUUCUCAGGAUGGUAGAGGUGUGUGUGUGUGCGGCGGAGGACAGUGACAACAUAGAGACCCAACGCCAGCAACAGCAGCAGGCAUGGAGGAGGGGGCCACUCCCGACCCAGAGUUUGUGGACGUGGACCAGGGCAUGACGCUGGCCUGUGUGGCCUUCCUCUGCCUUCUCCUGGUGGCCAUGAUCAUCCGCUGUGCCCGGGUCAUCAUGGACCCCUACAGCGCUAUACCCACCUCCACCUGGGAAGAGCAGCACCUGGAUGACUAGCGGGGGAACAAGCUGUGCUGUUACACAUAUAGCCACACCUGUGAGGGUGCAGACGCACAGGCACGUAGGGACAUGCACAUGAACGCAAGCGUGGGUAAACACGCAUACGCACAAAAGAAAGGAGACGAGAAGAGAGGACAGCUUGACCAGAGGCGAGUAGAAGAGAGGAGAAGAGAGGAGAGCUUGACCAGAGAGGAGAAGAGAGGAGAGCUUGACCAGAGAGGAGAGUAGAAGAGAGGUGAAGAGAGGAGAGCUUGACCAGAGAGGAGAAGAGAGGAGAGCUUGACCAGAGAGGAGAGUAGAAGAGAGGUGAAGAGAGUUAUGGUCCCAAACAGUAACACUGCCUGUCAACACAUCUCUUGUCUGGUAUCAGUCAGUACUUGAGAAGCGCUGGACUGGGUGACAAUCAACCAUGGUCUGGACGCGUUACAGUCUGUGUCUACUCCUUCACCCUGUAAACUGCUUCCUGUACACACUAGGCAAUACUGGUCAUGAUGAUGAUGAAGAGAAAGACUAUUUAGUACUUUAGGACUUUUUUUCAGUUAAUUUAUUGAUCUUACAAAAAACAUCUGAAGUUUUGUACAUUUUAUAUGAAAAAUAACAAUGACUUUGUCUACAUAAUAGUAUUGCUCAUGAAACAGGGCCUGUGUUUUUCAGCUUAUCGACUAAU